AUGUACCUUGCAUCAAAAAACCAUGUACCCAACGCCACCUUCAAGACCCGCGUACGCGACGAAUCCAUUGCUGCAGACAACCCGUUUCGCUGGCAGGAGGUUACCUCCAAAGAGAUCUUCGAGAACCGAAGGAUUGUCGUCCUGGCUCUACCUGGCGCAUUUACGCCAACCUGUUCGACCACUCAUCUGCCGCGUUACGAGGCGCUGUAUGAAGAGUUCAAAGGCCAGGGCAUAGACGAAAUUUACUGCCUGUCGGUGAACGACGCAUUUGUCAUGUACCAGUGGGGACGCCACAUCGGCGCCGAGCACGUCAAAAUGCUGCCGGACGGUAAUGGUGAGUUCACCCGUAAAAUGGGUAUGCUGGUAGACAAAGAAAACCUCGGCUUUGGACCUAGAUCCUGGCGUUAUGCCAUGGUUGUGAACAACGGCGACAUUGAGCAGAUGUUCAUCGAACCGGGCUUUGAAGACAACUGCGCCACCGAUCCUUUUGAAGUGUCAGAUGCCGACACUGUGCUGGCAUGGCUGAAAAGCAAUCCAGCAGAGGUAGAAUUGGCAAACGCCGUAUAG